AUGGCCGACACAGCCAGCCAAGCCCUUCUCCCGGCCAAUCAGGCCAGAAACAUGGCCUUUGACAGAGUCCUGCACAAGAACUCGUCAAACUCUCAGGGCGGGCUUCGUGCCAUGGUCAACAAGGACAACGAAGCACACAAGGCGGCUGUGAAUGAAUACUUUCAGCACUGGGACGACAAGAAGGCUGAGGAUGAGACUGAAGCCGUACGACAAGCUCGCGUUGAUGAUUAUGCAAGCUUAACCAGACAAUACUACAAUUUGGCGACCGACCUCUACGAAUACGGCUGGGGCGAGGCAUUCCACUUUUGCAGAUUCGCCUAUGGAGAAACCUUUCGUCAGGCCGUCAACAGACACGAACACUUUCUGGCAAGCAGCAUCGGCAUCAAGCCUGGAAUGCGAGUGCUGGACGUCGGAUGCGGUGUUGGCGGACCAGCCCGAGAGAUUGUCAAGUUUACGGGAUGCCAUGUCACCGGCUUGAACAUCAACUCUUAUCAGAUCAGCCGAGCCAAGCAAUAUGCGGUCAAAGAAGGGCUUACACACAAGCUGGAUUUUGUUCAGGGAGAUUUCAUGAGCCUGCCCUUUCCCGACAAUUCAUUCGACGCGGUCUACGCAAUCGAAGCCACAGUACAUGCACCAUCCCUGGAAGACGUUUACAGGGAGAUUUUCCGCGUCCUCAAGCCAGGCGGCGUCUUUGGUGUCUAUGAAUGGCUCAUGACGGACGCCUACGACAACAAUGACUUGGCCCACCGUCGAAUCCGUCUCGACAUUGAGCAGGGUGAUGGCAUUGCCCAGAUGCUCAAAGUCGAAGACGGCCUUGCUGCUAUCCAAGCUGCUGGCUUUACACUCGAAACCCACUACGACCUUGCCGAGGACGAUGUCAAUGAUACCAGCGUUGCUCCUUGGUAUUGGCCCUUGGGCACGGAUCUUCGGUAUGCGCAGACGCUGACGGAUGUGCUUACUGUGCUGAGAAUGAAUCGUUUCGGGAGAGAGCUGUCGCACGCCUUCAUCUCGAUGCUGGAGUUGCUUCGGAUUGCUCCAGCAGGCACAAGGAAGACGGCUAAUAGUCUCGGAAAGGCGGCAGAUGCAUUGGUUGAGGGCGGGAAGAAGAAGCUGUUUACACCCAUGUACUUGAUGGUGGGCCGUAAGCCGGAGCUUUGA